AUGGACCAAAUAAUACAUCGCGUCAAGAAUUCUGGAAUGGGUAUUAGACUAAGCACAGGAGCUAUAAAGAUCGUUUGCUACGCCGAUGAUGCGAUGAUCUUGGCAGAAUGCGAGGAUGACCUACAGAGACUGUUAUAUUCAUUCUUCCUAGAAGCAUGCAAAUUCAACAUGCAAAUAUCGAUCCCAAAAACAAAAUCAAUGGCCACAAGCGAAGAACCAAAACGAUGCAAACUUGUCUUUGCAGACCAACCUAUAGAACAAGUUAUGUCGUUCAGUUAUCUUGGCGUGGAGAUAUCCUCGAACCAAGAUAGAACACACGAGGUUCGUAAGCAGGCAGAUAAAGCAUGCAGGGUUGCUGGUGCACUCCGCGACGUCAUAUUCAACAACAAACAUAUAAGUAAACAUUCGAGAGCUAGGAUCUACAACACUUGUGUUCGACCCAUAGAAACUCGAGCAGAUAAAAAGAGAACAAAGUCCAUCUUAAGAACGACGGAAAUGAAGAUACUGAGAACCAUAUCUGGGUACACGCUGAGAGAUAGGAAGGGGAACACAGCCAUCCGAGAGGAAUGCCAGACUCAGGUCAUAGUAAAGUGGGGAAGAAAACGACGACGAUAUUGGAACGACCACGUCAGCAGAAUUGCUAGGAUAGCCCGAGACUGA